ACACCCCUAGUACUUACUAUCCCGACCUUCGGCCUCCGCUCUCCGCCGCUGCUGUAGCAAUGACAACCAGGAAACUGAGAGCAUUCAAGAAAUGGAUGAAGUCGCAAGGCGUAGAUUGUAGCGACGCGCUGGACCUGGUAGUGACGGCGAACUCCUCGGAAGUGUCCGUAAGAGCGUUGUGUGAUCUCCACGAAGGCGAUGUGGUUGCGAGGAUUCCGAAGGACAGUUGCUUGACGAUUAAGACUUCUGGUGCGCGGCAAAUUAUCGAGGAAGCGGAGCUCGACGGCUACUUAGGUCUAGCAGUUGCGGUCAUGUAUGAGCGAAGCCUGGGUCCGCUAUCUCCCUGGUUUGGUUAUCUGCAACUGCUUCCUUAUUCUGAACCUAUCCCCCUGCUCUGGUCCCUAUCUGAAAUCCACUCUCUUCUCGCCGGAACUGAGCUCCACAAGAUAGUUAAAGACGACAAGGAACUUAUCUACGAGGACUGGAAAGAGUGUAUUGAGCCUCUUUUAACUUCAGGUUCUUUACAGCUUAAGCCAGAACAUUUCGGUGUUGAGGAGUAUCUUGCUGCAAAAAGUCUAAUUGCCUCACGGUCAUUUGAAAUAGAUGAUUACCACGGAUUUGGAAUGGUUCCCUUGGCGGAUCUCUUUAAUCACAAGACUGGUGCUGAGGAUGUACAUUUCACAUUGGUAUCUUCUCACUCUGAAUUGGAUAAUGAUGCUGAUCACGACAAAUAUGAAAAUAAUAACAACGGACCAGCCAAGAGGAACUCUCAUUCAGGAGGUGAAUGCUUCAGUGUGAGUGACUUGGAGUCUUCUCAUUCUGAAUUGGAAGAUGAUGCUCACAAUGAUAAGCAUGAAAAUAGCAACCAUGAACCAACCAAAGCUCAUUCAAGAAGUGAAUCUAUUAGCGGGAGUUACUUGGAGUUCUCUUCAGUUUCAGGGGAUGAUCUUACAGACUUAGAAAUGAUCAUGGUGAAAGAGGUCAAAGCUGGGGCUGAGGUAUUCAAUACGUAUGGGUCUCUAGGUAAUGCCGCUCUGCUACACAGGUAUGGUUUUGCAGAGGCUGAUAACCAGUAUGACAUUGUGAACCUCGAUCUGGAGCUUGUACUCCGCUGGAGUUCAUCUCGGUUUUCACAUCGCUACAGUCAGAGGAGGUUAUCACUGUGGAAAAAAUUAGAUUAUUCUGGAUGCAUUAGCCAAAACUCCGAGUAUUUCGAAAUUUCAUUUGAUGGGGAGCCACAAGUUGAGCUGUUGAUUUUGCUAUACAUAAUAUUAUUGCCAGAUGAAGAAUAUACGGAACUUGAUCUUGCAGUGUCUAUCACGGGUGAUUUUGAAAAGUCCAUGAGCUUUACAUUAUCAAAUAAAGGUAUUAUUUUAUUUGGAAAUAGUUUAGAGUUAAGCAACAGUAUGUUGCUGACAGAUGGAGUUUGUGCGGCUCUGUCGGCACUAGCAGAUAUUCGAGAAAGUUUAUAUGGUUCAAAUUGUCUAGAAGAUGAUAUCAAAACUUUGAACUGUUGCUGUCUGGUGAAAGAACCUAAGAGAUAUUACUCAUCGGUGCUGCGCAUCAGUGAAAGAAGGAUCCUUGAAAAGCUAAGGUGUUAUGCCUCUGCUAGUGCUGUUAUCUGGACAACGGAGGGAGGUAAAACAAGAAAAAGGGCAAAGACCACAUGAUUUUUAUCAACUAUCCGAGGCUACUACUAUUACUGCUAGAGUUGUUCCUCGAUGAGAGGUGCAGACCAGACGAAGUUCCACCUUGAAUUCCAUCACCAUACUCCUGGCAACCAAAGUUCCUUAAUCGUUUCUUGGGCUUCUUUGUUAUCCUUGAAAUUGUUCAAAAAGACUCCACUGUGCUUCAAACGAGGAUAUCACUCUCUACCACUUACCAGUUUAACAUGCAGAUUAGUUAUAUUUGUUCUGGAAUUGGCAUGAGCUGGCAAUGCAAUUCCAAUGACAGUUGCAGUAUUGUGAGCACAUUCUCCCUUGUUAUGGAAUCUAUUAUUACCUAUAUCCCAGCAUUUAUCUUAGUUGUUUUGGUCGGUACAGUAGCUUGCUUAAUAGGUAUGUAGUGCUUUCUUAUUUAUGCAGUGUUCAUCUUAUCUUUGGAAAAAAACUUUAAAUUGAACUCUCUUAUUGUAAUCCUAUGGAAGUUUUCGUUGCUGAAUCUAGAUUUAUUGGCUAUUGAUGUUC